GUGUCUUCGCUCGCUUGUCGUCCAGGCGUACCCGCAUAAAACAUGGCCAUGCACAGCGUGCAGAACCUCUUCUCCUCCUCUGUGCUGCAGAUACCAUCGCGCGGCGAUACCCUCCCCGGAUACCCAGCAGCCUCCGUCGCGCUGCAUCUAUCAGUACCAUUGACGGCACGUUCACGCUUCCUCGCUCCAACUGACCCCGCCGCCUGCAGGCCAAGCCUAGCUCCGCAUCUGCCACCGCAAGCCUGGUGAGCUCGAGUGCACUCGCCGUCAGGCAAUAUUCACCAGGAUUGGAGAGUGCGUGGGCGUAUAUGAGAGCGGGGCCAUCGGUCCAUAGGCUAUUCAACAUCCGCCCUAGUUACCGCGCGAAGCAGCCGCCU